GGGCCGCCGGGCGUGCCUGCUUUUGGCUGAUGGGAAUUCCGGUUUUUCCAGUCAGCUACUCCUGAUUAAAUUUGCAGAAGGUCUGAGUCCAGCUCAGUCUCAGCGUCAGCAGCAGGAACAGCAGGAUGGCAUCCAACACUGCGGUGAUGGGGAACCUCCCCAGCGGAGUCGGAAUAUGCACGACCAUUCCCGAUAUCCUUUACCUACCAGAGCUGAUCUUCGGCGGUCUGGUGUGGAUCCUGGUCGCAUGCACGCUGGUGGUGCCUGCGAACCCUCAGGGCUGGGUCAUGUUCGUCUCAGUCUUCUGCUUUGUCAUGACUUUCAUCUGGAUGGUGGUGUUUGCCUGCAGGGGGCAUAACAACAAGGGCAGCUGGGCGGCAGCAGACUUCAUAUAUCACGGCAUUGCUGCCUUCUUCUACCUCAGUGCUUCAGUAGCCUUGGCCAAAGUGACCAUGGAUAUGAAAACAGUGUCGACCUUCAACUACCAUUUGGACAUCAGUGCGGUGGUUUUCUCUUAUGUGGCGACACUCCUCUACUUCAUCCACACCAUACUGUCUGCAAUCCGAUGGAAAUCUUUCUAGACCUUUCCUCCCUGCAGAGGCUGUUGACUCACACAGAACAGUUUUCAUUCUUAUCCAAAGGCUUUGGCAUAGUAAUAUGAAGGGAGGGAUGAUGAUGAUGAAGACUUUACAGCAUCAUCUGGCUAACAGCAGUAACCUCAACGUCCAGCAGGACGUGAACACAAAGCUGAGGACUCGCUGCCAACCAACCCUGAUGGUUUGUGUCACAGACCUACUUUAUCUCUUAAACAAGCUGGUUUAUUAUGACUGCCUACAACACGUAUAACUGACUACCUAAACUGUAAAUACAUAAAUAAAGUUGAGUUUAAUGCCAUUAAUCACUCAAAUGGAAGAAGCAUCCAGAUAUAUUUUAACAGGCUACAAUGCCUGUUCAACAUGUUGAAAUCAAGACCUCUUACUUCAAAUUGUACAUAAGUACCACAUGACUGGUUUAACCUUCGCCAGCUUCUGCUUUUACUACAUACCAAACUAAACGUUUUUGGUUUCUUUGUUUUUUAUUUGACCCGUUUGAAAACCAGAUUUAUGUAUUUAGGCUCACUUUUUUGUCAUGUUUUUAGUUUAAUAAAGCACUUUAGGUUCAAAUUCUUCCUUUAUUCUCUCGUUCAUUAAAGACAGUCUGUUUUUUGUUUGUUUUUUGGUAUUUUUUUAAUGUGUAAACGCUGAAUGAAGGAAAAUUCAAAUUUAAAUUGACGUUAAAUUUAAAAUAAAAAAUAGGAUUAAAGAUAAAUAAUAUGGAAGCAGGAUUUUCUUUUUUAAUGGUGUAAGGCUUUGUAAUUAUUACUUACUUUUUGUAAAUUAUUUUGAAAUGACAAA